AUGAGGACUGCCACCGCCACUGCUGUAUUGAGCUUCUCGGCCUUAGCAUCUGCCCAUGGAUUUGUUCAACAGAUCUGGUUAGGCGAGAACCUUGUUGAUGCCUGGAACCCCUACAAGGACCCGCAGAAAGCGGGAGUUAACAAGAUCACCCGCAAGUUCAAGGACAAUGGACCCGUGACAGACGGCCUGUUUACUACCGACGCGAUUACAUGCAACAUCGGCAUCGACGGUGAGAACAAUGUGCCAGCGAACACAACAGCCGAGGUUGCUGCAGGCAGCACAGUCAAGUUUAUGUGGACUGAGUGGAAGAGCGACCAUCCUGGUCCCGUCAUGACAUAUCUAGCGAGCUGUGAUGGCUCGUGCAACAAGUUUUCGGGAAGCACCGGCAAUGUCUGGGUCAAAAUUGACCAGGCUGGUUACGACGCGUCCGAGUCCAUUCCCUGGGCUAGCAAGAGGUUGCCGGAGCAGAACAGCACAUGGACUGUGACGCUGCCAUCAUCUAUCGCUUCCGGUGAAUAUCUUCUGAGACAUGAAAUUCUCGGGCUGCAACGGACAAACACAAACGGUUCGCUAGCUCAAUUCUAUCCUAACUGCCACCAAAUCACUGUCACUGGCAGCGGCACAACCAAAUUACCGGAUGGAAUUGCUUUGCCGGGUGCUUACCAGCCAGAUGACACCACUUCUAUCUUCUUGGAGUACCGUGAUAUCUCAGCCACUAAUCCAUACACCCCUCCUGGUGGUCCCGUCUGGAGUGAUGAUGGCUGGGCAAGCUAA